UAGGUCAAAAGAGAAAGAUUUCGUCCCAAUCCAAGCCAUCCAUCGGUUAAUACUGUUCCUGUGGUAGAAUAUGGGGAAACUAGGGUGGACUGUAGCUCUUCUCUUAGCCGUACUAGUGGGGUACAUCUGGUAUAAACCGGCGUUCGAUCCAGAAUCUCUGAGAGGAGCCAGGGUUGUGGUAACCGGCUGCAGUUCCGGUAUCGGCGAACAGAUGGCGUACCACUACGCCAGGUUUGGAGCCAGGGUUAUCAUCACGGCAAGGCGAGAGGGGAGACUGAAGAAGGUUGUAGCUAAGAUGAAGGACCUGGGAGCCCAGGAGGCCAUCUAUGUAGCAGGAGACAUGGGGAAAGCAGAAGACUGUGAGAGAACCAUCCAAACUGCCAAGGAAAAGUUUGGAGGUAAAUUGGACUAUUUGGUCAUAAACCAUGCCAGCUUGAGCUCGAUCAAAAAGAACGGCACAGCGAGUUUAUUCUGGGACGGUGACAUGGACGUCAUGCACGCUGAAGUGACAAACAACUACUACAGCUACAUCCGGCUGGCCUCACUGGCACUCCCGCUUCUACACAAGACCAACGGCAGCCUGGUCAUCCUUGGUUCAAUGUCCGGAAAGAUCGCCAGUGUUUUUUCAACCUUCUACGCGGGCACAAAGUUUGCCUUGGACGGGUUUUUCUCCUCCUUGCGGCAGGAGUUGGCAAUGCAGGACGUCAACGUCUCCAUCACAUACUGCGUCAUCGGUUUGGUAGACACCGAAAUACCAGAUAAAUUUGAAAAGACGUUUGGCUUUCUCAUGGAUCUCCCACGUGCCUCACCUGCGGACUGCGCCAUGGCGAUCAUACGGGGGGGAGCAGCACGCCAGAGGGAGGUUUACUACCCGUGGAAAGAAGCAUGGCUUGCUACUAAACUCAGCUCCAUCUUUCCACAGUUCUUUGAAUCUUUAACUAUGGGGAUUUAUCCUAAGAUACAUGAAAAAUCUAUCCUUUUCAAAGAGAACAACAAUUAAUGUUUUACUUCCACAGUGUAUUCAGAUAGUGUUUUAGAUGAUUGGGCCUUUUUACAAUUGAAAUGAGAAAUAUUGCACAUAUUUUGAAGUGGAGGCCAAAUAUAUAAAAGUGAAUGAACAGAAAAUGUGCAGUGCAGAUACAUUUCAGGCUUCCUACUCCUAUAUUUAAAUUGACUAAAUUUAGACUUCAU